AUGAAAGUAAGCAGCAUCAAUUCUGUAGUGUUUGGUCUUUUGGUGUUGCUUCUUAGUCUGAAUUUGUCGAAGGCUUCUCUAACCGAUGACGAAGUAAAGGCGAUAAUUGAAUCCGCAGGCACUCAGUGCCAGCAGGCGUUGGAACUUUCAAUGGAAGAAGCAAAGUUUUUGUUUCCUCAAACACUACAAGGCUUGGAGAAAUUUAAUGAUAAAAUGAAAUGCUAUAUGUUUUGCUUCUACCAGAAGUUGAAAAUGAUCGAUACAGAUGGGAAGCCUGAUAGUAAGGCAUUUACGGUGUUCUUCGAAGGGGAGUUUGGGAAACAUAAAGAAAAAGUUCAGCCAGCUAUUGCCAAGUGUCUAACAGAUGUAAGAAUAACGGAUUGUGAUGCAAUGGCUAAAGUUGAACAUUGCCUUUAUGAGAAUAUAUUGGAGCAAUAA